GCUUGGCUGAGCUGGCUGCACGCAAGUAUAAGCAGGCUGCCAAGUGCUUCCUUCUGGCUUCUUUUGACCACUGUGACUUCCCCGAGUUGCUGUCUCCUAGCAAUGUAGCUGUCUAUGGUGGCCUGUGUGCUUUAGCUACCUUUGACCGGCAGGAGCUGCAGCGCAAUGUCAUCUCCAGCAGCUCCUUCAAGCUGUUCCUGGAGCUGGAGCCACAGGUCAGAGACAUCAUCUUCAAAUUUUAUGAGUCCAAGUAUGCCUCAUGCUUGAAGAUGUUGGAUGAGAUGAAGGACAACUUGCUCUUGGACAUGUACCUGGCCCCCCAUGUCAGGACGCUAUACACCCAAAUUCGAAACCGGGCUCUCAUCCAGUACUUCAGUCCCUACGUGUCAGCUGACAUGCACAAGAUGGCUGCAGCCUUCAACACCACUGUGGCAGCUCUGGAGGAUGAGCUGACACAGCUCAUCCUGGAGGGGCUUAUUAACGCCCGCAUUGACUCACACAGCAAGAUCUUGUAUGCUCGGGAUGUGGAUCAGCGCAGUACCACCUUUGAGAAAUCCCUGCUGAUGGGCAAGGAGUUCCAGCGACGUGCCAAGGCCAUGAUCCUGAGGGCAGCUGUGCUGCGCAAUCAGAUCCAUGUCAAGUCCCCUCCCAGAGAAGGGAGCCAGGGUGAGCUAACUCCAGCCAACAGCCAGUCACGGAUGAGCACCAACAUGUGAGAGGCAUCUCCCUGGCCUCCGGGAUGGUCACCACUCUGCCCUGCCAUGGAAGCAGCACCUAGGCCUCCUGCCUGCUCACCUCGAGACGAGGCUCCGGACUCCCUGUGGUUCCUUAGAGCAACCUGGCUGCUGGAUGCCAGCGUACUGGCCCUUCACUCUGAGGUGUGCCCUAUGCUGGGGUAGGCAGGCUGUCCAUUAUGGCCACUCAGGCCUGACUCUGUAGAAACCUACAGACUAUGUGCAAUGCCCAGACAGGGGUCCCUCAAGUCCCUCCUACCCGUGUGUAGUUCUGACUGCAGCUUGUCACUGACAGCGUAGUCCAUUAAAGAGCAGAUUGAUCACUGC